AUGGUGGCGUCGGCGUCACGGCUGAGACCGUCGAGCACGACGAGGACGGCAUCGAGUUGCAAGCCAGAGACAGCACGGGGAACUCACGUUUUCACCAUACACGGAUACAGCCUGCAAGCAGUCGAUGGUGCCGGCAGCAACAAAGCCAGCUUCAUCCGCUCCGCGGCUUUCGACGUCGGUGGAUUCGACUGGUGUCUCCGCUACUACCACAACGGCAACAUCGAGUCCGACGACGACUACAUCUCCGUCUUCCUCGAGCUUAUGACCAAGGACGCCGAGGUGAGAACCAUCUUUGACAUCAGGAUGUUGGAUCAAUAUACCGACGACUCGUCUUGCGUUCUGGUCUCGACUACGAACAACACACGGAGAGUGUUCGGCACGACUAAUUUCAAAAGCAAAUGUCUCGUGUGGGGUAGUAAGAAUUUCAUCAGGAGGAGUGAGCUGGAGGGAUCGGUUUAUCUGCGCGACGACCGACUUAUGAUUGAGUGCAAUCUCACCGUCAUCAAGACACCACUGGUGAAGACGGAGGAGAGAGCCGCCAUGCCAGGUGAUAUCAUCCACUUCCAAGUGCCUCCGACAAACUUGUCCAGGGACCUGGGCAAGUUGCUGGAGGACAAUGUCGGAGCCGACUUGAGCUUCGAGGUUGGAGGAGAUGUUUUCCCCGCUCAUAGCGUGGUGCUAGCGGCGCGAUCACCGGUGUUCAUGGCGGAGCUUUACGGGCCGAUGAGGGCCAAGAGAGGAGAGCGGAUAGCCAUCCAGGAUAUGCAACCUGUUGUGUUCAAGGCUCUACUUCAUUUUAUGUACACGGACUCCUUCUCUCCUGCUAUUAAUGAUGAUCUCAGUAGAGAUGAAAGGCAGGAGUUGGCUAAGCAUCUGCUUGUAGCUGCAGAUCGUUAUGCUGUGGAAGGAUUGAAAACCAUUUGUGAAAAGGCACUCUGCAUGAGUCUUAGUGUUGAUAAUGUGGCAACAAUUGUUGCCCUAGCUGAUCAGCACAAUUGCGGAAGAUUAAAAGAAGCGUGUGUUAAAUUUAUCGCCUCAUCAAAUAGAUUGGAUGAUGUUGUGGAGACUGAAGGGUGA